GUCCUCUCCUCCCUACACCCCCCUCCCAACACACACCCCGGCUUCCUCUCUGGGGCCUGAGAGCACAUUCAGCUUCGGUUUCCUCCGAGGGGGGUAAGUUUGAGGGAGGAAGAAGAGGAGUGACACCCAAUUAAGCCCCUGCUUCACCCUUCCCCUUUGAGCAGGGUCUGAGUGGAGUCAAGAGAAGGACAGGGGAGCAAACAUCGGCUUCCUCUUGUCCCGGAAUGAGCCUCACCCCCCUCCCCUGGCCAGGUUUGUCUCUCUGUCCCCAAAGAGAGAGCCAGCAAGAGGGAGGGCAGGUCAGGCAGCCAAUCAGAGCGCAGGAAAGGCACAAAACUGGUCGGUGGCUCUGAGUGGCUGCCUAGUGAGAGAAGGGUAGCCACAACCCGGGGGACCAUGGCUGAGCUGCAACAGCUCCUGGAGUUUGAGAUCCCCGAGGGCCGGGAGGCCCUCCGAAGCAACCACAGCAGCCUCCUCAGAGUUGCUGACUACUGUGAAAGCAACUAUGUUCAGGCCACAGAAAAGAGGAAAGCCCUGGAGGAAACCAUGGCUUUUACCACUCAGGCCUUGGCCAGUGUGGCCUACCAGAUCAGCAAUCUGGCUGGCCAUCUGCUGAGGAUGCUGGAUCUCCAGGACACUGGGCUGAGGCAGGUGGAGGCCAAUGUGAGCACACUGGACCAGAUGGUGAACAUGCACAAGGAGAAGGUUGCCCGAAGGGAGAUUGGAACGUUGGCUGUGUUCCAGAGGCUUCCUUCAAACCAGAAGAUCGUCCCCCCUGAGAACCUGCCUGUGCUGGAACCCUACUAUAGGAAACCUCUCAACUUUGCCUGCCUGGAUGAUGUUGGGCAUGGGAUCAAGGAUCUGAGCACCCAGCUGUCCAGAACUGGGACACUUUCCCGAAAGAGCAUCAAGACUGCAGUUGCCCCAGCCUCAGGAACAUUGGGUCGGGUCCCCAGAGUUCCUGAACCUGUACACCUCCCAGUCAUUCCUGAUGACAAAAUCUCUGGAGCCUCCUCUCUGACCUCUACCAGUAGCACUGAAGGCAUCUGUGGGUUCCCCGUGGCCAAGGUGUCGAUGCUGCCCCAAGCCCCACCACUUCCUGGCUCCACUUCCUCAAGCACUGAAGCACUGGAGAAAUCUCUUCCUGAGGAGCUGUCCACACCCCAGACAGCACCAGAUCUGCCCUUGCCCUUAGACCUGCCCCCACCCCUAGACCUGCCCCCAACCAUGGAGACUGAUGAACUGAUGCUGCCACCUCCUCCACCCCCUGAUUUUGACCUGGAAGAACCGACCUGGGCUCCUGCUCAGUACUUGGAGAAAGUGGUGACGCUGUACCCCUACACCUGCCAGAAAGAAAAUGAACUCUCCUUUGAUGUGGGCACUACCAUCUGUGUUACCCGCCGCUACUCGGAUGGCUGGUGCGAGGGUGUCACCUCAGAGGGUUCUGGCUUCUUCCCUGGAAACUACGUGGAACCAAGCUGCUAAUGGCCUGUCCUUCAUGCCACCUGGGAAUUCUGGUACCAAGAUAGGGGCAUGAUUUAAGUGAUGCCUUUAUCUAGCCUUCACCUCUCCCUUGUGCUCAAGGGCCUUACCCUUUCCCCAAUAUUCCCAGUAACUUCAGCCAUUCAGGCAAGCUUUCUCCUGUGCCUGGAGACAAUUCCCUACUCCCACCCACCCCCAAUUUGAAUAAAACCCUGUUAAAGCUCUUGACUGUUCCAGCUUGGAGGAAAAGACACAGGACUUUGCUGGGAUCUUCCCCUCCCAUUUCCAGUUUUCAGCACCAAUAUUUUAAGGUCUGCUACAUGAACACCAUCCAACCUUGGAACAGAUCCCACCCACCUAAGCCCUGGGAAAUCCCUCUUCUAGGAAACUUAUGUGUGACUUGGGCAAAUCAUUUCAUGUAUAGAGGCCUCGGAUUUCACCUCCCUUAAAUAGGUUGGAUCCGACAUCACCUCCUUUCUCUGGAUUUGGGGGACUUCUAGCCCUUGUCCUGCUGGAUUUGUCACCUUGCUGCCACCUCCAUCCUGGUCCUGUUAAGCAGGAAGUUCCCUGAGAGCAGAGACUACCUAUGUGUCCUGUACUUGACGACUCAGCCUUCAAGAGAAGGCUCAGAAAAGGGGGGGGGGGGGAAACGGCUAAUCAAUUGACUGGAGACCUCCCUCCUGCUGCCUCCCACACAAAGGAGACCUCACUCCGAUGCCUUUUCCCCUUUGCUUCCUUUAUAGCUCUCAGACACAGCAGGGAGAAAGGGAAGGAGGGGGACCUUAGGCUCGCGCUGGCUCUGCAUAAAAACAUCAUGGCUUUUGAGUUCCAAACAACCGGAGAUGGGGUUAAGGUGGGGGGGGGGGUGCCCAGCUCGGGCUGGAGGCUUUGGAGAGGUCA